AGGGACUAAAAACGUAAUUUAGUCUAAAUCCUUUGUAGUCGUCUUGCAGUUGCAGAGGCACAUUCCUUGUGCCGCCUUAUCAAGUUUACAGAGAGAACAAUGAUGACAAUGGAAGGAGUGGUUCUCAAGCUUCCUUCUUUUACUCAACUCAUGAACCCUAACCAUUUCACUAAUCGGACCUCCCUAAACUUACGUUUCACUUUCCCCAAAUCUUCUUCUUCUUCAACAGCUUCUCUUUCUGUUCCAGCGGCAGCCCCCGUUUCUCUCGGACACUCCACACGACACGAUUUUGAAAUUCUCCACCAGAAGGUAAACAAUGGAUCAAAACUCGUUUACUUAGACAAUGCAGCAACCUCGCAGAAGCCUUCUGCUGUGAUAGAUGCUGUAAACAACUACUAUAGAUCAUAUAACUCAAAUGUGCAUCGUGGGAUUCAUUUCUUAAGUGCAAGAGCAACGGAUGAGUAUGAAAUGGCAAGGAGAAAGGUGGCAGCUUUUAUAAACGCAUCAGAGUCUAGUGAGAUUGUGUUCACAAGAAAUGCUACUGAAGCUAUUAACCUUGUAGCUUACUCAUGGGGCAUGUCUAAUUUACAACCCAAAGAUGAGAUAGUUCUCACAAUUGCAGAACAUCAUAGUGCCAUUGUUCCUUGGCAACUUCUAUCUGAGAAGACCGAUGCAGUUUUGAAGUUUGUCAGCUUAACAGAAGAUGAAGUCCCGGAUACCAAGAUGCUACAAGAAUUGGUUUCGGAGAAGACAAAACUAGUAGUGGUUCAUCAUGUCUCAAACAUGCUCGCUUCUGUUCUCCCUAUUAAUGAAAUCGUCCAAUGGGCACAUGAUGUUGGUGCAAAAGUUCUAGUAGAUGCUUGCCAAAGUGUACCACAUAUGGUGGUUGACGUCCAGAAUCUUGGUGUUGAUUUUCUUGUCGCUUCUUCUCACAAGAUGUGUGGGCCUACAGGCGUUGGUUUCUUGUAUGGAAAAAGUGAGCUCUUGGCGGCUAUGCCUCCCUUCUUAGGUGGUGGUGAAAUGAUAUCUGAUGUGUUUUUGGAUCAUUCUACUUAUGCUGACCCUCCAUCCAGAUUUGAGGCUGGAACACCUGCAAUUGGGGAAGCUAUUGGUUUGGGAGCAGCGAUUGAUUAUCUUUCCGAGAUCGGCAUGCAAAAGAUUCAUGAUUAUGAGGUAGAUCUGGCUAAUUACCUUUAUGAAAGCCUUCGUACAGUCCCUGGUGUUCGUAUCUAUGGACCAACACCUUCAGCUACCGUUCAUCGUGCUGCUCUAUGCUCCUUCAAUGUUGAGGGCCUUCAUCCCACAGAUAUAGCAACUUUUCUUGAUCAACAGCAUGGAGUAGCCAUUAGAUCUGGGCACCACUGUGCACAGCCACUCCAUCGGUACCUGGGGAUAAACGCAAGUGCACGAGCCAGCCUUUAUUUCUACAAUACAAAAGAAGACGUUGAUGAUUUUGUUCGAGGACUUAUUGACACGAUCGAUUUCUUCAGCUCUUUCAAGUAGAUCUUUCUCUACACUGCAGCUUCAUACAGUUUUGUGCUGAUGUGCCCACUGAUCCACUCAGAAGGUUUUAAGUAUGAAAUUUAAAGUUAUACCAAAAAAAACUGAGCAUAUUUAUUUUGGUGUGUUAAAUAAGACUUGUUUUGGCCUUCUUGGGUUGUGACUUGUGAAUAUUAUAUUCACUGCAUAAAAUUUGUUCAGUAUUUUGAAUGUUUUGAGAGAUAGAUCUUGAGACAUGUAAAUUGAAUACACAUUUUAGAUGGCUGCUCUAGCUCGUAGUGGUGAGAAGCUCAAAUGAAAA